AUGUCUUCUUAUCCAGUUACUAACGGCGUGAUCACGUUUCUGCCGCCGCCAGAAGGAUACGUCGUCGACUUUGACAAUCCUCAGCAGCAAGAUGCACUCAAACAUUUUCUCAUCUUCGGCAUCCUCGGGUCUCUGGCCAUUCUGUGUCUGUUGCAGAGGCUAUAUGUAAAGUUUUACAUAAUGCGCGGGUUGAAGAUUGACGAUGUCUUGAUCACAUUGGCAUGGAUCUUUUCUAUUGUCAUGCAGUCGGCUCAGAUAUGGUCAAUAUCAAUCGGAGGCCUAUGUCAUCAUGCAUGGGAAAUGCCCAUUGACGUCUUCGAAAAGCAUAUGCUCAGUUCCUACAUCGCCGCUCCAGCGUUCAUAAUCUGCAACGGUCUGACGAAAAGUUCGCUUCUGACUUUCUACCUUCAAGUGUCCCCGCAGAAAUGGUUUAGAAGAGCGAUAUUUGUGAAUAUCACUUUCGUUGUUCUGUACACCAUUAUCAUCGCCAGUCUGCUACUGUUUGGAUGUCAACCGAGAGAGGCAGCAUGGGAUCCGUACUUGUUCGCUAGCGGAAAGUGCAUUGACUAUGCCGUUAUGUAUAUCAUCAUCGCUGUCGCCAACAUCAUCUCAGACAUCGUUCUCUUCGCCAUUCCUAUGCCGAUGAUCAUUCGCUUGAAGAUGCCGAUGGGACAGAAAAUUGGCUUGGGCAUUAUGCUCGGCAUUGCUACUGUAACUGUCACGACAUCUAUCAUCCGCAUGAUAUAUCUACCCUCUCUCUUGGGAGCAUUAGAUAUCCCAUGGAUCGCAGCCCCAGCAAACGUCUGGUCAUUCGUGGAAGUCAACCUCUUCAUUAUAUGUGGCUGCAUGCCGACAUUUCGUAAGUUCUUCAAACGCUUCGCACCGAAAUGGAUGGGCUCGUCGAGCGACUCUGGCAGUUCAGAGCCACCUUCCAACGAUUCGCUGCAUAAAGUACAGAGGAAGAAGCAUACAGGCUAUACCCAGUUCGAUACAUGUGAUUCUUUGGAACUGGCGACCUACCCUGACACUAUGUCGUCUUCCUCAGAGACAGCGUAUGCCAUGGAGUCGUUGCAGGAACAGCCGUGCGGGACUGAUAGUCCGCCUGAUACUGAACGCCAGGAAAACGUUUCUCAGUCACCGACAGAUUCACUCCCGCCUACGGACCGCGGCAAAGAUGCGUAUCUGACUUUGAUGUGCUGCACAAUGGCACAGCUCCCAAUCUGGGGCUACUCCGUCUCUUUCGGCAUCUUUCAAGAAUACUACAGCCGACCCGGAAGUCCCAUCAGCACAGCAUCAUCCGGAACAAUCGCCACCAUCGGAGCACUACAGCAAGGUGUAAUGUAUCUCAUGAUGCCGUUUGCUUUCCUCGUUCUCACGCGGUAUCCGCGGCUGCGUCACCUUUGCGGGCCACUUGGUCUUGCAGUGACGGUCGCUAGUCUUACUGCGUCUGCGUUUGUGAACACUAUCGCGGGGCUUAUUGCGACACAGGGGGCGCUGUACUCUAUUGGCUGUGGGCUGCUGUUUUGCCCAAUUUCGCAUUAUAUGAAUGAGUGGUUUGUUGAGAGGAAGGGGAUGGCGUUGGGGGUUAUGUGGGCUGGCAAGUCGGGCACAGGUAUUGCGAUGCCGUUUGUCUUUGAUGCUCUUCUUCGCCGGAUCGGUCUCAAGGCGACGAUCUUGGCCUGGGCGGGUGCAUCGGCCGCAAUGACUCUCCCAACUCUCGUUUUCAUUAAACCCCGAAUCCCUCUGCACACUCAGGCCCAUGUUCAACCGCUAUCGUUCCGCUUCCUCCGUCAUACAUCUUUCUGGAUGAUGCAAGCUGGUGUGAUCAUCCAAUCACUCGGAUACCUUAUGCCGAGCACAUACUUAGCCAGCUACGCAUCAAAUAUCGGUUUACCCAGCAUAACCGGUCCUAUCUUGCUUGCGUUGUUCUCUGUAGCGUCCGUCCCCGGCGGUAUCGUGCACGGCAUGUUGGGUGACAAAUUCUCAGCAACAAAAGCCGUAACAGUCGCAUCCAUCGGAAGUGCCCUGCCAAUCUGGCUUCUGUGGGGUUUAUCGCUGGACCUUGCAAACUUGGUAGUGUUUGUCAUUGUCUAUGGCUUCUUCGCCGGCGGUUUCAGCUCAACGUGGUCCAACAUGUCCACCGACAUCCAAAAAGACGACUCUGCCGCUGAUUCAGCUCUCAUUUUCGGCAUGCUCAUGGGCGGACGAGGGAUCGGCUUUGUCACCGCCGGGCCAUUGAGCGGCGCACUGCUACAGGCAAAAGCACAUCUGUCCAACGAGGCACUUGGUUACGCGACGCAAUACGGACCCAUGAUCAUCUGCACAGGUGUCACUGCUGUGUUUGGUGCUUGGGCGCCCAUGUGGAAGGGCAUGCGAGUUGCUAUAGGAACAUGCAAAGGUCGCUGA